UGUUCCCUCAGCAUCAUAUUAUCUAACAGUGCAUACUGCAUAUAAACCCAGAUUUUUUCUUAAAAUUCAACAUGUUGCGAAAGAGUAAAUCGAAAAACAAUAUUGCACGUGUAAAAGUGAUAUUCUAGUUCAACUAAAUAAAAAAAGUGUUUAUCAAAAUUUUGUAACUAUUUAGUAAAAAAUAAAUCAGUGAGUUUGAGAUUAUCUAACAUCGCAAUCUAAUAAGAUGAGGGGAAGAUUUGAAAUCUUGGUGUUGAAACUUUUCUUCCUACUAUCACCAUCAAAGAGUGCCCUAGAGGUCUACAAGCCUAUUAUUGAAGGUUCUCUUAAAUCAACACUGAUUCCUGAGUUUUUAACUGUAGAUCAGAACCAAGUUGUGAAAAUAACUGCUGGAGAAACUCUUCAUCUAAAAUGCCGAGUCAUCAAUCUUGCAAUUCAUCACACGGUAUCCUGGCUACGAGUAUCAGACGUGCAAGUUUUAACCGUUGGAGGUCUAGUAUUCAGCUCGGAUCCAAGAAUUCAAAUAGAUGUGAAGUCGUCGAAAAUACCUGGAUCCGGAACUUGGAUUUUUAGAAUUCGAGAAGUAUUGAAGCAGGAUGAAGGGGUAUACCAGUGUCAGGUUAAUACGGAACCAGCGACAACCCUGGAUAUUACUGUACACGUUUCAUCAAACUCCCUGCCAGAUUAUGAUAGAUUUCAAGAUGAUGCAAAAGAGGAAUCUUCUAAAGAGCUGUUCUCAGAUCCUGUGGAGCAUUCAGAUGAGAUACUUUCGACUUCUAGUCUUAACAUGACUUUAGCAAAUUCAAGUUUGAGCGAGGAGGUUAUGUUUGAGAAUGAUUUAGAGGAUGAAAAUAUGUUUGGGAAAGACUAUAGAAAUAAGAACGACGAUGAUACUGGUUAUAAAGAGAACACUGAGAAUGACCAACAGGGAUUUUAUAACAAUGAAUUCUCCACACCGGUUUCUAGUUUAACGCCUGGUCGAGCUUUGAGUGAACCCAACCCACUUCAGUCUCUCUUGGAACCAUCCUUACCAACAUCAAUUAUCCAAAUGGAAAAAAGCGAUGAGAAAGGUGUUCAAGAAUCUGCAGAUGAGAAUGCUCUUCUUCAACCCAUUCUCUCAUUGUUAACAGUUGCCGGGUUUAUUAUUAUUCUGGGAUCCAUCAGAUCUUAUUAUAGUUCAGCAAAGAAUGAAGACGACCAUAUGAAGCCCAGGUCCAGAACAGGAACAAACAAUAGCAGACAGUCAAGAAUAGGAACAGAUGACAGCCGACGAUCUAAGACAGAUACACCAGAAAGAAGAAAGGCAUCUUCAGGCCGACAAAAGCCCAUGAUAGAUGAGGAGGAAAUAUAUUUGGAAAUUAGGAGGACAACACCGCUGGUUCAAGUUGUCCGGUCAUCACCGUUAGAGAAUGAAAAAACUACACGCAAGGGAAGAGUUCAUAGUGAAACAUCAGACUAUUCUGAUUCUAGUGGAAUGACUGAAUAUAAUAGAGAAGCAAGUACCAGCCGACCUGUUAGUAAAAAGUCAAAUUCAAAAACGACAAAAUAUGCAGGAAUCAACAAAACAGGGGCUCGACGAAGUAGAGAGAGAUACCUGGCAAGCUUAGAAACCCUAUCCUCACCUUCCCCUCUACCUGGCGAUACUAUCCUUGAAAUCUCUAAUGCAACCGAAUCAAAGCAUCAAGAAGUACUUAUUAAAACUCACUUAGUUGUCCCACCUCCAAUCUCCAGAUAUAGUAAAAACAAUAGGGAAAACCCAAAAAGAAAAAUAAAUUUUAACCCUUUUGAUGAAUACAGUGAUUAGCCUUUUAACUACAUUUUCUCAAUUCUUUAUUGGUUAAAUUUUAAAUUCUGGUCAAGUAAUAGAAAGAAUAGAAAAAAGCCCUGUACGCGCGGAAUGUCUAAAUUUUGAUUAAUUAAUACUCAUUAAUGAUCUUGCUUUUGUUUUACGGCCUUAUCAAAUUUUGUCAGAAUUAACUAUUUGUAGAAUUUUUGAUCUCGCAUCGCAUGCAUUAGGAAUGUAUUCAACUUCAAGCAAUAUAAUAAGAGAUAUUAUGAUGUUUGAAGUUGAACUUGAAAAAAAAUCAUCGUUAAUAAGAAAUUCAAAUUGUCCUAAUACCGUUCUGUCCGAAAUAAAACUGGCGCUGCAUUGGGAACACUAGGUAGUAAUGUAAACAAUCACCCUAAUUGUAACAAAAAAAAACUAUUUAGGAUAUAGUUCUAAUAAAUUUUGGUAUAGAAAAAGAAUGUAAACAUAAGUAUAAAAUAAUGGGAUUAUUUUCAGUACGAACUUAAUAUAUUACUAAAUUAAGGAAAAUAUAUAUGUUAUAGGCGUGGGAACUAUAUCUGUGCGGGGGGGGGAUUGAUUAUUAUGAAAACAGUUGUUCGAUAAAGAUUUGAUGUUUUUUGGCAUAAAUUGACACCGUGGCGUAGCCAAGACAAAAAAAAAAUGAAAAGGGAUUAGACAGCGGAUAUGUCAAUUAUAUUGCUUUGAAUGUGUAUGUGAUGCCUGUUUUCAGAAACUUUUUAGAACCUCGUGGCUUAGUUUUGACAUUUGAAUAAAAAAGUGAAUUCUAUUGCAUUAUGCAGAUUCUGGUUAAUCGGGACACUUAGUUGUACUGCAUGUGUACGAUAUAAAGUACACGAUUUUUUACAACAACAUGAAGUAUAUUAAAAUAAAAUAAAAAUUAAUGAAGUACACAGCUGCUGGGUAAACUGCAGUAUUUGGACAAUCUGAAUUUCUGACUUAAUUAUUCCUGCUUUCUGCAGAAAUGUUGUUUAAAUGUCACAAUUUUUUCCUAUUCCGAUAGAAGCAACUAAAAUAUAGUAAAAAUCAAUUAUAA